CAGAUCUUCUUUUCUCCUAGCACAAGCUGAGCAUCCCUGAUCCCACAGUGAAGGUAGGAGAGUACUAAGGAUGGGGUUCUUGUACUCCCUGCUGCAUAUCCCAGCUAUGUGCCUGUCUCUCACUGAUUCCUAACUGUAAACUAAAGAAUCCGAUUGCAGUUGGUGGGAGAUUGAAUCUCAGCUUCUAAAGGCAGGGACAAACUUGUGCUUCCCAACAAUGAGUCUCUGAUUUAUUGGAUCAUCGGGAGAAGGAAUCCUCAUCGGGAUUUGGUGGGCUACGUCCAACCCAUUGUAGACUCCUCCUGUGAAGAAAUUGUUUGCUACUUUCUUGUGCUAAUUAUUCUAAGCAUUUCUCUUACACUCUCAUUCUCUCAAAGAGCAGAAAUGCCCCGGCCAGGGAAGAGCUCGUAUAGUGAGCAGAAGCCCCCUUACUCAUACAUUUCCCUGACUGCCAUGGCCAUCCAGAGCUCCCAAGAGAAAAUGCUGCCCCUGAGUGACAUCUACAAGUUCAUCAUGGACAGGUUCCCCUACUACAGAGAGAACACCCAAAGGUGGCAGAACUCCCUAAGGCACAACCUGUCUUUUAAUGAUUGCUUCAUCAAGAUCCCCAGGAGACCGGACCAGCCAGGUAAGGGCAGUUUCUGGGCCCUGCACCCGGACUGUGGGGACAUGUUUGAGAAUGGUAGCUUCCUAAGGAGAAGGAAGAGAUUUAAGGUGGUCAGAGCUGAGCAUUUGGCCUCCAAAAGCCACCAGAUGAUCCAUUAUUUCCAUCACCAGCACAACCAAACCAAGCUGGGUAUCCCUGCCUCAGAAGGCAGCCCAGUGCCCAGUCUUGGGAGGCUGCCUCACUUCCAGCCCUACAACAUUGCUAACAUGAGUGGGAGUCAGACCAGCGGAUUUAAACACCCAUUUGCUAUUGAAAACAUCAUAGGAAGAGACUACAAGGGGGUGAUGACUGGGGGACUGCCCUUAGCAUCCAUGAUGCACCACCUCGGGUACCCAGUGCCCAGCCAACUCAGCAAUAUGGUCAGCUCCAUGUGGCCUCAUGUUGGCAUGAUGGACUCCAUGGCGAGCAUGACUGUUCCCCAGGAAUAUGGACAUUUCGGAGUGCCCAUGAAAACUUUGUGUCAUGCCCCCAGUCAGACAAUUCCUGCUGUCCCGCUCCCCAUAAAGCCAACUGCGUCUCUCCCCCCAGUCUCUGCUUUACCAAGCCUGGCAGUGAACCCAUCCAGCAUGUGCCCAUCUCCGCCAACAGUGGCAGGCACACUCCUGGAGCCUGCAGUCACUCACCCACAAAACAAGGGCAGUAUGCUCCACUCAGUACUUGUGCACUCCUAGACAGCCCCAGCCUGGAUUAAUACAUGCCAUGGAUGGUCUGCUUUCUCACACUGUGACAGAUACAAGGGACUGCCAACUGUACCAAGCUGUACCAGUUAGUCUUGUCUUAUUUGCAUCUACUGCCAGUGUCCAGAUAAAUGUGCCAAGGAUAUAAAGUGUCUGUGCUAUUUAUAAUUUCUGCCCAUUACAGGAUCAUGAUGCGAGCAUUACCAGCAAGUGUGAAA